UAGAAGAAGAAGGGAUUCCCACUUGAAAUAAACACUAAAAAAUCCUCAUCUUUUCUUUCUUUCUCUCUCUACUCUCUAUCUUUCUCUCUCUAAAAUAGUAAAUGAGAGUGUGAGUGUAUGAAGUUAGAAGUUUUGCUAAGGCAGAUCCAAACAAUUUGAGGAAGAUAAAUAAUCUUACACUCAAAUACUGAAUUGAAAAAUAAGAAAAAUGUAUGGAGAUUGUCAAGUAGCUUUACCAUCAACAAUGGGAGGUGGAGGAGAAAAUGGGAUAUCAUCCACAGUAGCAGAUUGUUCAUCUCUUUUCACUUCACCAAUUCGAAACCCUAAUCAUCAUAAUCUUCAUAAUCAACAUCAUCAUCAACAUCAUAAUGAUCAUCAUCAACAUCAUCAUAAUGUUAAUGCUUUCACAUUCAUGGCUUCGCUUCCGCCUGCCUUCCAAACUUUCUCUCCCAUCAUCCCUGUGAAGGAGGAGAGAGGGAAGGAGGAGUUGAUGGAGAGCAUGUCGGGAAGUGAGCUGAAUAUGGAAGGUCAAGGUGGUCUUUCCGGUAACGAGCUCGACAGUCUUAGCGGCGGCGGCGGCGGCGAUCCUCUCCAACCGCAAACGUCACAAGGCGGCGGCGUUGGUGGUAAGAAGAAGCGUUACCACCGCCACACUGCUCGCCAGAUUCAAGAAAUGGAAGCAUUGUUCAGAGAAUGUCCACACCCUGAUGAUAAACAAAGGAUGAAACUUAGCCAUGAUUUAGGGCUUAAACCUCGUCAAGUCAAGUUUUGGUUCCAAAAUCGCCGUACCCAAAUGAAGGCGCAACAAGAUAGAUCAGAUAAUAUGAUACUGAGGUCAGAGAAUGAUAACUUGAAGAAUGAAAACUAUCGAUUGCAAGCAGUGUUGAGGAGCUUAGUUUGCCCUGGAUGUGGAGGUGGAUCCAUUCUAGGAGAGGUUGAAUAUGAUGAACAACAGCUUCGCCUCGAAAAUGCCAGGCUUAAAGAAGAGUUGGAUAGAGUAUGUUCAGUUGCAUCCAGAUACACAGGCCGAUCAUUGCAAACCCUCGGACCAUCACCACCACCACUGGCGCUCCUCCCACCACCACCUUCACUUGACCUAGACAUGGGAAUGUACUCAAGGCACUUCCAAGACUCAAUGCCUCCUAAUUGCACUCAAAUGCUUCCCAUGCCUUUACUUCCCGGGCCAACCGACUUCCCCGGUGGUGAUGGUAGCGGUAGCGGUGGUGGUGGCGGUGGUGGUGGCCUAAUAUUGGAUGAAGAGAGGUCCCUUGCAAUGGAUUUAGCCAUGUCUUCUAUGGAUGAAUUGCUUAAGAUGUGCCAUGUAAAUGAGCCACUUUGGGGUAGGAAUAGUACAAACUCAAUGGAUGUUCUUAACAUGGAAGAAUAUUCUAGAAUGUUCCCAUGGCCUCAUCAUCAUGUUGAUCCUCUCAAGCCACAUUACAAUGAGUUAAGGACUGAGGCAACUCGGGAUAAGGCGCUUGUUAUUAUGAAUAGCAUCAAUCUUGUUGAUUCUUUCCUUGAUGCGAACAAAUGGGUGGAGUUGUUUCCUUCUAUUGUCUCUCGCGCCAAAACCCUUCAGAUUAUCGCUUCAGGCGUCUCUGGUCACGCAAGUGGCUCUCUUCAUCUGAUUUACGCGGAGGUACAAGUGCUUUCGCCACUAGUACCAACUCGGGAGACUCAUUUCCUAAGAUACUGCCACCACAACGCGGAGGAAGGCAUGUGGGCAAUCGUUGAUUACCCCGUAGAUGGUUUUCAGGGAAGUAUUCAACUCUCUGGUAAUGGUAUUAUUCCUCGAUAUAGGAGACGUCCCUCAGGGUGCAUCAUUCAAGACAUGCCUAAUGGUUACUCAAAGGUUACCUGGGUUGAACAUGCUGAGAUAUUAGAAGAGAAGCCAAUCCAUCAAACAUUCGAUCAAUAUGUCCAUAGCGCAAUGGCAUUUGGAGCAAAACGAUGGUUAGCUAUUCUUCAAAGGCAAUGUGAGAGGGUUGCUAGUCUCAUGGCCCGAAACUUGUCAGACCUUGGAGUGAUACAAUCACCAGAAGCAAGGAAGAAUUUCAUGAAACUUUCACAAAGAAUGAUAAGAACAUUCAGUGUAAAUAUUAGCACUUCAGGUGGACAAUCAUGGACUGCAUUAUCUGAAUCUGCAGAUGAUACAGUUAGAAUCACUACCAGGAAAAUCAUGGAACCAGGGCAACCUAAUGGAUUAAUCCUCUGCGCAGUUACUACUACAUGGUUGCCUUAUUCUCAUGAUCAAGUUUUCGAACUCUUGAAGAACGAAUAUCGAAGGUCUCAGCUUGAAGCUCUUUCUAAUGGAAGUUCCUUACAUGAGGUAGCUCAUAUCGCGAAUGGAUCUCAUCCCGGAAACAGCAUCUCUCUCUUUCGCAUCAACGUGGCAAGUAAUUCUUCACAAAAUGUGGAGCUAAUGCUUCAAGAGAGUUGCACAGAUCCAUCUGGAAGCUUAGUCGUGUACGCCACAAUGGAAGUUGACUACAUCCAGCUAGUCAUGAGUGGUGAGGACCCUUCUUGUAUUCCUCUCCUCCCAACUGGAUUCUCCAUUAUACCCCUCGGACGAAACAAUAUUACACCCGAUGCCACCAACACCGCCGAGGGUGGCGGCGGAUGCCUUCUAACUGUCGGGAUCCAAGUCCACGCAAGCGCAAUCCCGAACGCAAAGCUAAACCUUUCGAGCGUCAACGCCAUCAACAACCACAUCUGCAGCGUGGUUCACCAGAUUAAUCUUUCCCUAAGCAACCCUAACCCUAACAACGUCACAAACGAACAAAGCAACGUUAACGUUAGUAACGUUAACGCUUGCGUUGCUAGUACUAGUAAUAACAACGUUGUUGGCUCGUAAAUUGAAGCCAACAACGUUGUUAGUUACUUCCUCCGUGCCUAAAAAAAGGAUAUUUUGGUCAUUUUUAACCUAGAAGGAGGUUUGUAUUCUGAGAGGGGGUAAAACCGUAAAAGUCGAAGAGGUAGAACUUUUUUUUUCUUUUAUUAUAAAUAUCCUUAGUAAAAAGGUAAAUAAAAGCUACUAGCUAGUAAAGUAGUUAGGCAGACGUGUGAAAUUGUCAGGAAAAACUUGUACGAUUAUUAAUUAAAGAGAGUAAGAAUUGGUGGUGGAAGUCAAGAGCGCACCAGAUGUGAUCCUUGGAUAUGGGCCGGUUGGGUAGUUGGCCCGAGGCUAAUUUCUUACCAGUCAAUAUCAAGGGUGUUGGUUCGGGCAUUGACUUCUGCUUUUACUCAUUUAAUUUAUUGAGUCCUUUUUUUUUUCUUUUUUAAUUUUAUUGUUGGGACUUUUUGGUGGUUAAUUUUACUUUUUUAUUAAUGUAAUUGAAUGAAUUUAGUGUUUCAAUUUAUGACUAUUCAUUUAUGUUGGUGGUUAUAAA